AUGCGCUUUACGAACGAAAAUAUUAAGGACCCUAAUUAUCCACGCCCUGUCCGCACCAUGGAAACUCUGCAGAUUGUUUCAGUCCAAGUGAAAGAAAUAACCGGUGGGUUACAGUGGCCGUUGGAUGUCUAUGGGUUUGUCGCAGUGCGUGAUGUGAUGGAUCGCAAAUGCAAUAUAGUUUUCAACCGACAAAGGGAGGACUGCCAAAGUAUCAAUGAACAGGAUUCAUGCCUAAAACUGACCGGUCCUACCCGUGGUGUUGUCAUGACGGUUGAUCCUUCGUAUUUGGAGGCUAGGCUCAAAGUGAGAGGUGCUACUGAAUCUGAGGACAAAGAUUUGAGCAAAUUUGUUAAGACGUACAGGUUAGGCUGCUACCUUCCUAUCAAGCACACUGGCAAGCUUUGCACACUGGAGCUGCAGCAUUACACUGUAUCGUCCUCUGUGGAGGCAACAAUUCAGGUUCGAGUCGCUGAAGGGCAGUUUCCUCGUGGUUUUCGUGGUGUGCUUACUGCUAGCACCGACUCUGAAAGUGGUGUGAUGAUCUCAUUGCUGGAUUUUAACGAGCGUGAGUUGCCAGUUGAUGCUGGUGGCUCUGUGAAGCUAUCACGCCAAGUUGUUUGUGUUAAAAAAGGAGGGAAGCUGAAAGUUUCUGUCUGGCAGCAUGGUGUUGGUGAGGAAGAAGACCAAGAGAUAACUGCUGCAUCGUUUGCUGCUAUGGAAGCUGAAACAAGCACUAAUCACAUGCCGAUGAAGAUAUGCAAGUGUUGGAUGGAAGUCACGGUCGCCUGGUCCCUUUUCAGCUAUUGGUGA